AUGAUAAUAUUACCCUUUUCUCUUAAAAAGCAUCUUUUGACAUUAAGACCUUGUUUUAUAGAUAAAUUAGUUGAUUUUACAAACAAAAUUAUUAGUGAAUUAAAUAAUAAAAACAACAAUAUUUACAAGAUGAAAUUUUUAAAAAAGAUGUUUGAUUUAGUUGAUGAUAAGAAUGAAAUUUACAGUGGUUAUUAA